AUGCAUUCAUGCCUUUUAGGUUUAGACUUCAACAUAUUUGGAAUUGAAGAUCGUUUCCAAGAAGAGAAUGGCUUGAACCAAGAAGAUGAUUGCAAAGAGCACACUGAUGAAUCACAUGAUGUUAAUGUAUGUUUCAAAUACCUUCCUGGUUGUUAUUGUCCAUAUUUUUAUUGUCAAGGGACCCAUAAAUCAAGUGAAAUUGUGUUUAAUACUGUAAUUUGUUUUUUAACUAGUUAACUUUAUUAUGCCAGACAAUAUUACUUGUCAAAGAGGAAUUGGAACUGUCAAAUGGGUGGAGGGUUUAUUAAAACAAAACUCAAAAGUCGUGCACCUCCCUAACCAUUAAAUUAUUUGCAUAUUACUAAAUAUAAUUUAAAAAAUUGUGUUUCUUCAAUUCAGGAAAUUGAGAAUAAUCAAUCUGACGUUGAUGAACCACUCUAUGAUGGAGCUAGUGUGACUGUUGGUCAAAGUUUGUUGUUGAUUAUGGCUUUUAUACUUGGACAUAAUCUUUCUGGCGCUGCUGUUGGAAACCUCCUGAGAUUGCUACAAUCAUGGCCAAAAGUUUGUGGAACGCAUGCUAAUUAGUAGUUAUAAAGGAGCGCGGAGUUAUAAUAUUUUCACAGAUUUCGCAAAAAAUGAACUCCCCCGAACCCCCUUUCCAAUGUUGUUCCUAGCGUUGAUGAAUGAGAUUGUGUGAUGCUUAUUCCGAGUGGAAAAUAAUCCCAAACAACAUUGAAUAGGGGGGACGGGGGGGUUAUUAUUCAAAUUAAAGGUAAAAACAUGAAAUCUCACUUUGCGUUCCACAACCUUUGGCCAUGAUUGUCUGAAAAUAAGCGAUCGUAAAAUCAGUGCUGCCACGAACAUUUUUUUGUUAAAAGUAUACCAAAUACUCGAAAAUAUACAUAUUUCUAUAUUUUAGAAAGAAAUAUAGUACAACUUGUGCGUAUUAGAUAAGUAUUCGUCCUGGUAAAAUGAUUGCGCAAAUUGUCAGGUAUGAAACAGUGCAUAAUUCGGUCAUACACGUCGAAAGCUUUAUAUUUGGUGUUUCCACAAACAUAAAUUCUAUCUUAUCUUAUAAAUCAGAUCGUUUUCCUCAGUCGGUACUUCAUGACAUCACUAGAUUUGUGUAAUUAUAACAUUAAUUAGUAUAUUGCGUGUUCUGCUCUGCACUACACUGGAGUUGUCUUCACACAUAAUUUUGUGGAAACGUUAGCUAAUGAGUCUAUCAAUAAAAUAAUGUCACCAAAAGCAAUAUGCCCAGAAAAGAGAGCGUAUAUAAUGUAUUUAAGAAAUGAAUCGAAGAAAUCAUUUGGAAAAAUUGCAAAACAAUGCAAAGUUUCGAAGUCGUCAUGCCAUCGUAUAUGCCAACCAAAAAAGACGUGUAGAACGAAAAAAAAGAAAAUGGGAAGACCCAGGAAGGUAGAUGAAAGAUCUACUCGGAAACUAAUCCGUUGCUUACAGUCAUUGGGGGACACACGUGUUGCUUUCACUGUCAAACCUUUGGUCGCAGAGAGUGGUCUCAGUUUAAAUAUGGCUAGCCGAAGAACGUUUUCGCGUAUUCUGAACGAAAAUGGCUAUGGAUAUUUCCAAAGAAGAAAGAAAGGCUUACUGAGCGAGAAAGAUAGAAAAAUUAGGAAGAACUUUGGUUAUAAAAUAAAAAAGGAACUCAAACGAAAUUCCAAUUUUUCGAAAAACGAGGUGGCAUUUUAUUUGGACGGUGUGUCUUUCGUCCACAAAUACAAUCCAAUGAGCAACGCUGGCAGUAGCAAUUCGAAAGUUUGGCGUAAACGGGCCGAGUGA